AUGACGCAGGGCCACAACCAAGAGGGAAUGGCUAGUGUCGAGAUCGAGGUGUUGAAGGAGCAGGUGGAUAACUGUUUGCGCGAGGCCUAUGUGGCUCUCCACAAGACCCUCCAGGCCAAUGUGACCAAGCUUGCGCCAAAGACGAUGACUGUGCCUUUGUCCACGAUUGUCAGCUCUCUUCCGACGCCACGCGCCAAGCUGCCAGAGCCACUCUCAGUGAGGCAGGCGCUCGAGGAGCUGGACAACUUCGAUAUCGACGAUGAGGACAUGGUGACGUACACCGGGAGGUCUGCUCCAAACAACAGCCGGAUGCGGGAGUGCCGCAGGAAGUCUGUCGUUGUCGACCGACUGCCUGCUGGCACAACGGCAGAGGACAUUCGCGAGAUGCUAUCAGGCUGUGGGAGAAUCGUCUUCGUUGCUCUGUGCCACCCAAGGCUGGCAGCAUCCUAUGUCAAGGGUGCGGUUCGCAGCCACACUCUGCAUGCCAUUGUGCAGUUUGCGAGCGUUCAGGAGGCGGUGCGAGCAGUGGAGACGAUGAACUUUAGCUGGCGAGGUGGCCCACAUGUAACACACGCGAUGACCGAGUUCAGGGCCCCCUCUCCCAUGAAGUCGCCGUACCAGAACACAGGCAAGGAGGCAGCCUUGUCAACGGAUGCUUCCUCAACGGAUGGCUCAUUGUCAAGCGGCGAUGAGCUGGCAGAUGUGCCCAAGGCACAGGACCAUGGCGGCAAGCAUGUGGAGAGCAUGGUGGCACACAGCAGUGCACCAAAGGCAUCAAAGGGCAAGGGCAAGAAAAGCAAGGCCAGGGCCGAGGUCGAUGGCAACAAGUCGCCAAGCCCAAAGAAGUUGGAACAGGUGCCGCCCAAGAGGGACUAUGCAUCCUGGGCGGCUGCCAACCCCGGCAACAGGGCGCAUCCGCCCAGGUUUGUGAACUCAAGGUCAACGCCCAGCGCACCAGGUGCACCACUUGGCGAAGUACCGCGUCUGCGCGUGCCCAGAGGACCGGACGGAACGAGGGGAUUCACGAUGGGAAGGGGCAGGCUGCUGCUCGUGCCUGCACCCGCAUAA